AUGGCACAACGUUCUAUACCGGAUGUCAGGGAUACUUCUAUCUCUGAGCCAGAAGGACAAUACGUACGAAUGUCAGUUAGCUGGGAUCACUCAAUGAUCGCCCUGUAUCAUUCAUCUAGUUUGAUACAGGUUAUCACUGCUGAUUUAUCCAAGCAAAUAUCGCGGAUUGAAGUACCUGGUGAAAAUUCCAUAUAUCGCCUUGGAUGGGUAGGAUUGGAAGCUCUGUUUCUGCAGCAAACUCCACUAAUAGUGCAAUUCUUUAACGUCCACGACGAGAAUGCUCAUUAUGGCCUCCAUACGGAAUUUGUUCAAAUUGGCUCAGAGCCUGAUGGUGUCAAACUUUACUCGGAUACAGGAAUGGAGUUUGUCUGCCCAGUAUCACGUACGUUAAUCGUAUGUCUUGUUUCGCUUGCUGCUGAGAAAGCAGUGCUUGGCGUAGCAUCGGCGUCAGACGGUGCUUUGUUGUAUGAGGCAGCCCAGUGGCUCAACACCAACAAGAGCCACCAGUCGUAUGAAUACAUCAUGCAGAUUCAAGACUUAUCUCUGGCUAUCGAUCAAUGCAUCUCUACAGCCACGUCAGUAUGGUCAUCGGAUAUGCAGAAAGCGCUGCUUAAGGCCGCCCAUUUUGGUGUGGCAUUUUCAACUGGGUUUGAUUCAUCUCGGUUUGUUCGUGUUCUUCGUGAGUUACGAGUUCUGAAUGAGGUGCGGCGCAACCGCAUAGGGAUGCCGAUAACGUGCACACAGCUGCACGAAUUGGGAGAAUCCUGCCUCAUUAACCGCCUUAUUGACAUAGGCGCUUAUGGCACAGCGGCUGAAAUAUGCAAAUGGCUUCGCAGAGAUGAACAAGAAGGAAUUGAUCGUGUAUUGCUUGAAUGGGUGCGUCGUACAAUUACUGAAGCAGCAUCCUUACCCAACAAGUCGGAUUUGGACAUGGAAGCAUUAGAAGAAAAAAUUGCGAAGAAGUUGCUGAAUUACCCUCAUGUGUCACUAGCAGAUGCUGCAAAACGGGCGAUCGACGCAAAACUUCCAAAACUUGCACGGCUGUUGAUAAAACGCGAGAAAGAUGACUCCAAACAGGUAUGUUUUCCCUUAUUAAGUAACUAUGGAGCCCCUCCGUGUAGCUUAAAGCUGCUACCUUGUAGUAUUGAGUGCUCAAGAUAUCAUUGCUGUACUCCCGCCUAAUU